AUGCGAACAGUCUCCCAAAACGAAGUCCUCCAGCGCCGCAUCCGCCGCCUAAUGCAAUCCCAACACGACCACGAGAAGCAAUGGUGGCAGGGACGCGAGGCACUAUGCAAGAAGCAGAAGGCAAGGGGGGAGAAGAAGAAGGAGUUGGAUGAGGUGCUACGAUCUGUUGGGGCGCCGGUUGAUUCUUCCAAGGGGGUAUCUACAGCCGAAGAAGACCAGACAGAACUAAACACCUACGACGCAAAGAUCUAUGCCGCAUCCAACCAAAUGGCACAAGCUCUCACACUCGAGCUACGAGGACUGGGGAUACCCUUCUUCAGUAUAAAGCGGGAUCUGGUCACUGACGACCAUAAGAAUAAUGAUGAUCAUGAUAAACAGCACAAAGAUAAGCUGCCUCGAGAUGAACUCUCGGCUCUCCAGCUAAGGAUGCUGGAAUUGUUGCAGGAUCUUUGCAAGGAAUAA